UACCGUCGGGAUUCUCAUUGCCUCACCGUAGUUAUUACGACCGUAUGCCCAACAACCCGUUCCUGCACAUUCGCCUGCCCAGGAAGCUGACGAAGGGCAAGUCUGUGUGUCUUGGGCCUCCUGAACUCUCAGAGCUACAGCAUCUUCAAAAACACUUGUUCCAAAUGAAUGUGGAGCAAGCAUACAAACAGUAUAUCAAGGACACCGUCAAACUCUUCGACGCAAGUGGGCCCGACGCUGUGGAGUUUGCCGCCCACCUCUUCCACUACGAGAGCAGGAUCGCUGAAAUCACGCCUUCAGAGAAAAUCCUGAAGGACCCCUUGGCUUCGAACCAUCUCAUCUCCAUCGGCGAACUCUCGCAGAUUGCCAGAAGCGUCCCGUGGUUAGACCUCCUGCGUCACAUCUUCCCCAACAGUAAACUUGACCACAGAACCGACGUGUUGGUCGUGUCACGUGACUACUUCAGCGAUCUCUCGGAGCUCAUCUCGACGACGGAUAGGAGUUUGUUGAACAACUACCUUAUCUUCAGCUUCGUGACAGCCUUUAUGCCCUAUUUGUCUGCUGAAAAUAGGAGAGUUCUGGAUCUCUAUCACAGGGAAUUUACAGGCCGCCAGGAGCCGAUGGAACGCUGGGAAUUCUGCAUUCAGUCGACGUCAAAGUUCUUCAGCUUCGGCCUUGGGUCCUUGUACGAGCGCUCGCCUUCAAGAACUCGAGCUCGACAGCGCAAUGGAGAAGUUAUUCAACACAUUUUCGGCCAAAUCCGCAACACUUUGGCUACAAAUUUGGUAAACAGCCGCUGGUACCCACUCGAAGUGAAGGCUCAGCUAACAGCAAAGCUGAACAAUAUGAGUAUAGCAGUUGGAUACCCUGACCGUCUCCUAGAUCUUAAUGUGAUCAACGCCUAUUAUGAAGAUUACACCAUUUUCAUAAAAGAUUUCUUCCAGAAUCUGCAGGAUUCCAUACGAAAUGCUAGAAGGCAGCUGGAACUGAAGCUGAUAGACCCCAUGCCAGAGUCUUCGUGGAUGCAUGCUCUCACUGGUGAAACCAUCACCUAUAUCCAUGAGGCGAAUAAGAUAGUUAUCCCGCCUCAUCUCCUCAAUCCACCUCUGUUCCAUCGCAAUUAUCCCAUGUCAAUGCUCUAUGGAAGCAUGGGAGUACAGAUUGCAAGAGAGAUUUUACGGUCUGUCGACUCAAUUGGGCUGGCAUGGAAUAGUAGAGGACAGCUUGUAAACCGUUCAGUGUAUACAAACAGGUCAAUGGAUAACCUGCUAAGCAUGGCAGGCUGUGUUACCGCUGCUACUAUGGAACUCUCAAUAGAAACUGAUGCCGUCGUAGACAGAACCUCCCUAGAUACAGCUGCAGAGAUUGAUGCUAUACGGCAGACUUACCAGGCAUACCUCUCUCUGAUGCAAAAUGAGCCGCAGCCACAGCAUCCAAGUUUUGAAAGCAUGAACACCACAAAUAUCUUCUUCAUGUCAUAUGCAGGGAGUUUAUGUUCAGACACAGCAAUGCAGCAAGAGGACAUAGAGCGGACAUGUAACCCAUCACUGAUGAAUAAGCCUAGGUUGGAGGCAGUGUUGUCUCAGCUCAAGGAAUUCAGCCAAGCAUUCUCCUGUUCGAAGACCUCCCGUCAUUAUCCAAGGCACUUGUGUCCCCAACUGCACUGACCUCUACAGUACCUCUAUCUUAAGCCCUCGUCACUUUAGAUUUCAGGAGAGUCGAAAGGUCUGGGGAUACGUUUAGUAAUUACCUGUUUCAUACUAUUUUGAUUAUUUUUUGAACUACAAUGAAAGGUCCACAUAUGGAUGGUUUGUGACAUAUUAUUAUUCUUCAACAAGGAAGUUACAAGUAUAGCAUUAUUUGUAUUCUUAUGCUGUAUAUAUAAUUUAGAUAUACAGUUGCCUUGUGAGAAAGGUUGGGGUAUAUAGAUGAAUGGGGCUUAAGGUAAUUAGUAAACCUUUUUUUAGACCUUUCUGUUGUGUUCAGAGAGUGCCUGCUUAAGAAGUCAGGAUUUUGUAUGUAACCUGAGAGAAAAAAAAAGAAAAAAAAAGGAAGGAGGAAGACUAUGUGUGUAUGUCCACUAGAACUCAAAACUUUAGCCUGCUUAGAUUUUAUACUUUAUGAAAUUUCAGCCUUUUAUUCAUGGAAGUCAUUUGUCACUAUUUUUUCAAAAGUUUUUUCUCUAGUUAUAUUCCCAGCAGUAGAGAAAAAUCUUUAGGUAUCAAAAUGGAAGCUGUAACAUAAACCAGCUCUGUAUGGAAUACAAACGACUACCGAGGGCUACACUUUUCUGUAGCUCUAUAUGCUGCUAUGCUGUUUUUUUGUACUACAGCUGUAUAAGGGUCCAUUGCAGUAAUGGUUAGGGUGUAAGAUGCGUCACAGUGUAACUUAAAUGGUAAGCUUAAUGGGGCCUUCUUGUUAUAUUCUAGUUAUCCGAGAAACUGUUAUCCAUGUGUUAUGAUUUAAACUCCCUAAGUUGAAAAUGCCGACCCUAGGAAAUGCAAAUUUGAAUAGCAAUAAAGUUUUUUUUAGGGGUGUUACUGUAUAUAAACAGAUUAAGGAUGAUGUUGUUUAGUUGGUGCAUUAAGAUAUGAUUAAUUAUAUUAAAGCUUUGUACUUAUUGAGUUGACUUUCAAAUAUGUAUUUCAGAUUUCCAUUUUUUUUUUUUUUCAUUUUCUCAGAUUUUCAACUUUGCUGUUAUUCAUACUAACAAUAACCUGUUACUAGCUAGAAAUCCAUAUAAAAGGGUAGACAAUGUACAAGUUAACUGCAUAAUGGAUAGAUUAAGGUAUCCAUUUUCUCAUGGCAAUGCAAGAGAAAGAUCAAAGUGCCAUAGAGAGAGAAAAAGAGAUACGAGAGAGAGAGAGAGAGAGGUUCUUCCUCUGAGACACUCAAAAUAUAAAGGUUGCGAGCACUUGGUUGUUCAAAGAAUCUGUGAGCAAGAACUCAAUGCAACUAAUGUGCACGCAACCACAUCUCAUAUCUCAUAUUCUCCAGCGACAAGGAUAUCGGGGGAUGAAUAUUGUUCCCAAAUAACACAAAGAACCAGAGUAGAAAACAGCCCUUCCAUGUAAGUAAAUGGAUGAGGCUUCUGCAGCCCAGUGAAAUCAAUUCAGAGUUUUUAAAAAGGUUUUAGCAGAGGUGACCUAGGUAAUGUAACUUGUUUCUAAGAUUUAAUGUUGUACAGAAAUAUGUAUGUUAUGAUGUGUGAAAGAGGAAUGGACUCUAGAUUAACAAAGUUAACAAUACAAUUCAUUAUACACUAACAAAUAAAUAUAUGAAUAGUAGAUAAAUUUGGUGGGAAAAUAUUUUUUACAAUGUUGAAGCAACUGGCUUCUUCACAAUUUUUAUGAUCAUUAUCAUUAUUAUCAUUAUUAUUAUUGUUAUUAUUAUUAUUAUUAUUUUUAUUAUUAUUAUUAUUGUCAUUAUUAUUAAUAUUGUUAUUAUUAUUACUAUCAUUACUAUUAUUAUUAUUAUUAUUAGUAUUGUUAUUAUUGUUAUUGUUAUUAUUAUUAUCAUCAUUAUCAUUAUUAUUAUUAUCUUCAUUACUAUUACUGGCAUAAUUAAAUGUUUGUUUUGACUUUGCAUGCCAAUUACAUAUGAACAUCUGCCUUUAUCUGAUUUAAAUUGAGUUAAUUAUUAUUCACUAAUCACAAUUUGCAUUCUUUUCCCUUUAUCUCCUUUUCUCUUUUGGAUGAAGAAGUCGUUGCAUCAUAUGAAAGUAGUUUUUUGUGUAAAUAAAGACAUAAAAAGGGCAAGAAAACUGUAGUUAGCUUUACAUACAAUGGAAGUAGCCAGUUUAUGGUUUGAUGGGCUGUGAUAUCACAUGCAAAUUUAUAUUAUAUUAUAUUGAUAUUAUAGGCAAUGAAUAUUUGAAAUGGCAAUAAAAGAAUUAAUUUCAUAGCCGUAAUUUUUGUUGAUCACGAAGCUUAGCUUUUUAUAGUUUAGGUUUGGUUAUAGAUGAGUUUAUCAGUAUUGUAUGUGGAUGUUAUGGAAAAUAAAGACGGAAUUAUUUUCUCUGCAGAUUUCAGUGGAUUGAGAGGAAAUAUAUAUUUAAUUUGCUGCCUUUUUCACUCUUUGUUAAGUGAUAGGAGGUAAAAAGAAAGAAAGAAUUGAGUAGAUAGGUAUUUAUAUAUUACAUUAUGUUUUAUUUUCCAAUUUUUUUUCCCACUUGGUUAUGCUAAACUUUCCAUAAAGUUUGUUAUUUUUGAGAGAGGUCUGCAAAAGUCUUCAUCAGCUGUAGUUAUCACAGUCGAUGACUUAAAAGACUGUAUGAUGAGAUCCUUCUGCAGAGGGAUUCAAUAGUGAUUAUUUUCCUGGGAAUAGUCUACUCUGAACUCAUGUCUUCUAUCACAUUCUUCCGAUAUUUAGGAAUUUAGUUAUUUAGAAUCUGAUUAUUAAUUUAUUGAUGAGAAAUUUUAAAAAAGCAAAGAUGAUACAUUUGAUCUCUAUAGGCAAUAUCUUAGCUCUUUUUUUUUUGUUUCUUAAAAAUCAGUUAGACUGAAACACAGUGAUAUCUCAGUAUAUUUUACCUAAAGAUAUCCUUAUAGGCUAAUACCAGGAACUUGAGUUUCAAUGAUUAAUGGAUUGGAAAAAUUCUGUAAUGUAAUCAGGUAAUUUUGUGAAAUAAAAAAAAUUUCCCCCCCCAGAGGUCAUCGAGCUGAUAUUUAGCUCUAUAUCUGGCCUCAAAAUAUAGAACAGAGCUCGGAAAAACUGGGCACAUCUAUUUUUCUCAAUAUUUUUAAGGAGAAAAUAAAGCCUGUAAUUAAAUUUUAUGAGUGUACUGUUUUCUAAUACUAUAUAAGAUGGUCCAAAAUGUUACAGGGUUUCUCAAAGGGAAAUCCGUUAUGAUUUUCUUCUUCUUUCGUCUUGAUGAUGGACUUAAGAAGAUUUUCUCUGAAAUUGGUGUCAGUUUGGUAGGAUCCCUUAAAUUGGAACCGUGAAAAUUAACCUUGAGCUUUGGGCUCUCACUUUUCUUCUCACACCACUUGAAUAUGCAAGGUCCUUUUGAAUUUGUAGUGUGUAUGUAUGAGCUAGAUUCUCUUUGUCAUGCCAGUGUUUCUAACAUUCCCUUUGUAAAGUCCAGUGUAUGUGAUUUUGAUCUGCGACUUCAAGGCAUUGCCAGUCCAUACCUUUUUGCUAACGGAAUAGCACACAUCUACAGACAUGUAACAUGCACACACAUGCACACACACACACACACACACACACACACACACACACACACACACACACACACACACACACACACACACACACACACACACACACACACACACACACACACACACACACACACACACACACACACACACACACACACACACACACACACACACACACACACACACACACACACACACACAUACAAACAGGCAUUUUAUUAUUGUGGUUUUCAUUUCUUUACAAAGGAUAUGAUAUACAGAAUUUUGAAAGGUUAAAAUUGAUGGUUAAUAAUAUUGUGUAUUUUAUAAAUGUUGCAAGUUAUCUGAAGAAAAGAGUUACCUUUAGCAAACAUUAAUCUUUUUUGAGUGUCUUUUAUAUUACAAAUUAACCUGCUAUAUAACCAACCUAUUAAUUUUGCAAGUUAUAUUUCCAUGAAUACACCUAAGUUUUUAAGUAUUAAUACCUAAUAGAAAAAAUAUCUAUAUUCAUUCUCUAUGCAUGUAAUGCCUUUCUGUGUUAACUGAAUGUGGCAAUAUCUUUAUUUAUUUAUAUAUUUAUUUUUAUUGUUUUCCAUCCAUAACCCUAUUGUAAGUGUCCAUUUUGUGCCGUUGCUCGAGAAAUGAAUGUACUGUUUAUGGAAUUCAAAAUGAAUUUCACAUUUGCUUGUCAGACAUUACUUUUAAAGUAUGUAGGAAUCUUUUUUUUUUUUCAAUUUUAUGGGAAAGACUUAUGUAUAAGAAUGUAAAUGUAGAUUUUUUUCUUUUAAUCUCAGAUAUUUUAAGUGCCACUUUUAUUUAUAGAAUUAUCUAUGUAACAACGUCUUUGCAAAAUUGCCUGGUUUCAAAUACAGAAAUUCAAGAACAAUGAAAGGUAAUGACCUAAUGCUAUUAUCGUGAGGUUGAUUAUCUUUAUUUUGUAGAAUCAGUACUGAAUUAGGCUUUUAUAGACACUGGAUUGAUAUGAAUGUUUAAAGCAGUUUGUUUGUUUUACACAAGAUUAAUACCUUGUACCUUACAGGUCAUGCACAAAAAUAAGAGCAUUUUGUAAAGGAAGUUCUGGAUAUUAAUAUUACUCUAAAAACUUUUCACGUUUUCUUGCUUUUCUGAUGUAGCUUAAUCCUUAAAUUCAGAAUACAGCCAUAUUUAUUUCAGAAAUACACCGGUGAGCUGUUGGCAAACCCAUAAAAAAAGAACAGAAAACCCAAAAACAACAGGGUGAAGAAAAAAUUUGAUAAACAUGCUUUUGUUUUCCCUGUGUCCGCCCGUCACAUCGCUUUCAAUUUUUCUCGUGCAUCCGACAGCUUCCUGAAACAUGCUAACAUCCCCCGCACGAGAAGAGCUUUAGGCCAUUACCCUGUGUGUACCAAUACAACGAUAAGGCCACAUACAGCUGUCAGCCCAAUGCUAUUAAUAUUUUUGUAUUUUGAUGACCUUUCCUGGAUGUCAGGUUCCUACGUAUAAGUACAUAAAAAUUUUGUACAUAGAAUAAAUUGUUGAAUUUU